AUCACGAGUUAUUUUCCUUGGUUAACAAUACUUGUUGUUUUGCCGAUAUUCGCGGGUUCCUCAAUUUUCUUUUUUCCUCAUAGAGGAAAUAAGAUGUUUAGGUGGUAUACUAUUUGUAUAUGUUUAUUAGAACUACUUCUAACAACCUAUGCAUUCUGUUAUCAUUUCCAAUUGGACGAUCCAUUAAUUCAAUUGGAGGAAGAUUAUAAAUGGAUAGAUAUUUUUGAUUUUCACUGGAGACUGGGAAUCGAUGGACUUUCCAUAGGACCCAUUUUACUGACAGGAUUUAUCACUACUUUAGCUACUUUAGCGGCUUGGCCAGUUACGCGAAAUUCGCGAUUGUUCUAUUUCCUGAUGUUAGCAAUGUACAGCGGUCAAAUAGGAUCAUUUUCUUCUCGAGACCUUUUACUUUUUUUCAUCAUGUGGGAGUUAGAAUUAAUUCCUGUUUACUUACUUUUAUCCAUGUGGGGAGGAAAAAAACGUCUCUACUCGGCUACAAAGUUUAUUUUGUACACAGCAGGGGGUUCUAUUUUUCUCUUAAUAGGAGUUCUAGGUAUGGGUUUAUAUGGUUCCAAUGAACCAACAUUAGAUUUUGAAAGAUUAACUAAUCAAUCAUAUCCUGUGGCAUUGGAAAUAAUAUUAUAUUUUGGUUUCUUUAUUGCUUAUGCUGUCAAAUCGCCGAUUAUACCCCUGCAUACAUGGUUACCAAAUACCCAUGGAGAAGCACAUUACAGUACAUGUAUGCUUCUAGCUGGAAUCUUAUUAAAAAUGGGGGCAUAUGGAUUGAUUCGGAUCAAUAUGGAAUUAUUACCCCACGCUCAUUCUAUAUUUUCCCCCUGGUUGGUAAUAGUUGGAACGAUGCAAAUAAUCUAUGCAGCUUUAAUUUCUCUCGGUCAACGCAAUUUUAAAAAGAGAAUAGCCUAUUCCUCUGUAUCUCACAUGGGUUUUACAAUUAUAGGAAUUGGUUCUAUAACCGACAUGGGACUCAAUGGAGCCAUUUUACAAAUACUCUCUCAUGGAUUUAUUGGUGCUGCACUUUUUUUCUUGGCGGGAACGAGUUGUGAUAGAAUACGUCUUGUUUAUCUCGACGAAAUGGGAGGGAUAUCUAUCCCAAUGCCAAAAAUAUUUACCAUGUUCAGUAGUUUCUCGAUGGCUUCUCUUGCAUUGCCAGGAAUGAGUGGUUUUGUUGCGGAAUCAGUAGUAUUUUUUGGAAUAAUUACUAGUCCAAAAUAUCUUUUAAUGCCAAAAAUACUAAUUACUUUUGUAAUGGCAAUUGGAGUGAUAUUAACUCCUAUUUAUUUAUUAUCUAUGUCACGUCAGAUGUUCUAUGGAUACAAGCUAUUCAAUGUUCCACACUCUAAUUUUUUGGAUUCUGGACCACGAGAACUAUUUGUUUCAAUUUGUAUCUUUCUACCCGUAAUAGGAAUUGGUAUUUAUCCUGAUUUCGUUCUCUCGUUAUCAGUUGACAGGGUACAAACUAUCCUAUCUAAUUACUUUUAUAGAUAG